UUUUUUAGAACAAUUUUAGAUGCGAGAAAAUGGAGAUGGGUUGUAUGUGGAUGAGGCGCGUGCGGGUUGUGCUUCUUGCUAAUCACCCUUUAAUGGCCUCCCUAUCUGUUACCCUUUCAAUUCCUUAUUCUCAUCAUAGUUAUCACUCCUUUUACCCCCUUAAACAGCCAACGGUCUCCUUCUCCACCUCUCUUUUCUCUUCCACCCGUCGCUGCCUUUCCACCACCGCUUGUUCAUCGCCACUCCCUGUUGUUGAUAUGGCAGGAAAUGGCGACAUGGAUGCUAUUUCUCAGAAGGGUGCAAAGGUGCUUCUUAAGGGCAUGAGAUACUGUGAGCUUGAGCAAUGGGUUCAGUCUCAUGGAUUCAGACCUGGUCAGGCCAUGAUGCUGUGGAAGCGGCUUUAUGCGCAAAAUAUUUGGGCGCAUUAUGUUGAUGAAUUGGAAGGUUUGAAUAAGGAUUUAAAAAAAAUGUUGAGUGAACAUGCUGAAUUGAAGGCAAUAUCUUUGGAAGAUGUUCUUACAGCAUCUGAUGGAACUAGAAAGAUUUUAUUUAGGUUGGAUGAUCAACUGGUAAUAGAGACGGUUAUCAUACCUUGUGAUAGAGGUAGAACAACAGUUUGUGUUUCAAGUCAAGUGGGGUGUGCAAUGAAUUGUCAGUUCUGCUACACUGGCAGGAUGGGUUUGAAGAGACAUCUGACCACGGCAGAGAUUGUAGACCAGGUUGUAUUUGCACAACGACUUGUUGCAAGUGAAGUUGGCUCCAUCACAAAUGUUGUAUUUAUGGGCAUGGGAGAGCCACUUCAGAACUUUGAAAACGUCAUUAAAGCUGCAGAUAUUAUGGUGCAUGACCAGGGUCUUCAUUUCAGUCCUCGCAAGGUCACUAUUUCUACAAGUGGGCUUGUCCCCCAAUUGAAACGUUUUCUUCAGGAGUCCAAUUGUGCUUUAGCUGUUAGCCUGAAUGCUACAACUGAUGAGGUCAGAAACUGGAUCAUGCCAAUUAACCGGAAAUAUAACUUAAGCUUGCUUCUUGACACCCUUCGGAAGGAACUUCAGGUCAAAAAGAAUUUCAAAGUUUUAUUUGAGUAUGUGAUGCUUGCAGGAGUAAACGACAGCUUUGAGGAUGCAAAGAGGCUUAUUGAUCUUGUACAAGGCAUUCCAUGCAAGAUAAAUCUCAUUCAAUUUAAUCCUCAUUGUGGAUCCCAGUUUAGACCAACCAGUUCGGAGAAGAUGAUAGAGUUUCGAAAUAUUUUGGCAGAGGCCAAAUGCACUGUUUUCUUGAGGCACAGUAGAGGGGAUGAUCAGAUGGCUGCUUGUGGCCAACUUGGCAAACCUGGGGCUGCCCAAGCUCCCUUGCUCCGUGUUCCACAGCAAUUCCAAAUGGCUGUAAAUGCUUAGUUGAGCUUAUUUCUGAAUUUAGAUAGAUUUUGAUGCACACUGGGAUGGCAGCUCGUGAACUUUUGAGUUUCAGCUACUUCUCACCUCAUUGCUUGUAUUAGUUGGGUUAUAUUUAAGAUCAGUGAUAACCCAUACUUAUCACCUUCUAUCCAAGGAUAUUUUCUUUGUGUUGAGGAUUCA